UGAUGAAGAAAAGAAGUCAGACCGAUCAAGUGGCUUUAUGGGUGUCCAAGCGGGAGGACAGAUUUCAUCUUUGUUUUUGUUUUCCUACGAAAUUCCUCCUGCUGGUCAUCUCAAAGUCUCUUUUCGGUUUCAAUGGCUCCUUCAAUGAGGUGCACUUGCGCCUAGCCUAACUUUGACCAAACCGCCUCAAUCCAUAUCCGAUUUCUUCGAAGCAGCGGCCAAAACUCAAUUGCAAUGGAGUUGGAAGAGCUUCAAGAAAAGCUCCACUUAUCUGCUCAAGUUGGUAAAGAACUACUGGAGAGAAAUACUGAGUUAGUUAGGCAAAAUGAAGAACAGCUACAAGAAUUUUCUGCUCGUUCUGAGGAAUUAGAGCAACAAAACCAUCAGCUUCGCACUGAGGUUCGCCUUCUGAAAAUCAGGGAGAGGGAAGCCCAAGAUGAACUUCGCGAGGAGCUGGAGCGGAAUCGCCAGGCUCAAGAUAAAACAGAUGCUGAACGGCUGCUAACUGCUCGUUCACUGGAUGACUUGAAGCAAGUCAUUGAGCAUCUCCAUUCUCAAUUGGAGCAGAAGUCACUACUUCUUGAGCAGCAGUCUGAGGACUAUGCUAGACAGGCGGGGCAAGUUUGCGAGCUGCAGGAGCUCCUCUCAAGCUAUUCACGGUCGGAUGCUGAAGCCGACAAUCAACUUGCGGAGAUGCAAGCAGCUCUUACCACGGAACAAUGCCAGCGGAUUGAACUUGCUGCUCACCUCAAUGAUGCUCAGAACCAGAUUCAACGGCUUGAGCUUGACAAAUCGCACUUAACUAAGGACAUCUCGCUGCUAAAGGACAGCUCGGGAGAGCAGACAAAGCAAGUAGCACAGUGGAGUCAAGCGCUGGAGAACUCCCGGGAGGAGAUUGCAACCCUACGCAGUCAGCUGGAUCUUCUUCAAUCUGCUCGCGAUAACAACAGUCAUGCCGUUAGCGGAAACUCGAUAUUUGGUGAGUUGGAGGAUGAGCGGCAGAAGUAUGAAGCGGAGGCCGCAACUCUUCGUGUCAAGUAUCGCUCACUUGAAAAGCAGCAUGCUAGCCAGCGCCAACAGUUUCGGCAACUCAAGGGUCAGUUACAUGCGCUGUUUCAAGUGUCGCGCAGCCGUGCUGAUCAGGAUGAGUUGCAGCGCUUGAAACGCAAAGUUGCCGAAUCGUCGUCUGUCGUGCAGACUCUGAGAGCGCGCAUUGCUCAGCUUGAAGAUGUUCAGGGGACAAACGAGUCUGCAGAACAUCUGCGUCAGUUGAGGUCGUCUUUCCAGAGAACUGUUACCGAGGCAGGGGACACGGUCACCAGUGAUUUGUAUGUAGAAUUUCUUCAGCGAGAGUUGGAACUAGUGCGGCUUCGCGAGAAGGAGACCCGCAACGAGUUGGACACGAGUCGCAUACAGCUGAUAGCUGAGGGUGAUAAGUUGCAUCAGGCUGAGAGUCAGAUUCACCAGUUAGAGGUGGAACUGAGCAAGGCACGCAGCGACAGUGUGCAAGCUAGACUCAAGCUUGAUGAACUAGCACAGCAGCAACGGAAAAACCAACAGGAUCAGCACCAGAAAUCGCAGUCACAGGAGAGACAAGUGCAAACACAACCUCAGGGAGCCCAAGUGGCGGCGUUGAUGCAGGCUCAGCCUCAGGGACAGCCCAAGCAGUCCAGGUCGCGUAGCAUUGGUAACCUUACCGAUCUGCACUCGCAUCCAGGACAUGUAUGCAAGGGUCAUCUGUGUGACAGUAUGUACGAACGGCCCACUUCACCGUUGCGUCAGCCAAGCAGUCCACUGCCCGAUACAAUAACGGUGACGCCGUGUGCUGCACGCGGAAAGGGCUCAAGACGACGCAUAUCCUCCUCUUCUCCUCGCGAGCCUCUUCAGGUUCUAACUAGUAUGGAGAAUGUUCCACAUGCCAAAGGUAGGUCAGUUACCAUCAAAAGUCCUGCUGCAACGCAGCGCCAGAAACCCCACCGUCAGACCGUGCGCUUGGCAUCGAUGGACGCCAGCGAGCCUGGAGAGUGUGCACAGCAGUAAAGAGUAGUAUUCCGUUACGGUGGCAGCACCGAUACAGACUACCGCCGCUUCUACUGCUGCUUCUUACUAUAGGUAGUACUUAGAGUAAGUAGGGCAGCCACAACCAGCCCAAUGCUCAUGUCUGCCAGCUCUGGUAUCUUCUGCUCUGAUCUAUCUCAGUGAUUUUGACUCUGCUGCUUUAUUUGGGUUUUCAUAUUAGCUGUUGUCGCUUGUGUCUGUUUAUUUGCUUUGCUGUAGUUGUUAUAACUGGAACAGCUGGGCAUGAAUUUUUAUUUCAUCCACAAGCUGUUCCCUCAAUGUAAAUAUUAUAACGACUGUCACAGCUGUUUUCCUCUUUGCUCCCAUUUCAUCCGUUAUUAUUGCUAACAAUAAAGUAUGCAGAAAAUGAAGAACUUUAUCUUGCCACAAACCACCCCUUAUUGCCCCUCCACAAAUGCUGAAUUUGAAGGAUAUUUGUCUCGCCCACUUCAUUUCCAUUCGAUGCUGAUUUUUCUUUCUUGUCACGACUGAAGUAUGCAACUCUAUACACAUAUGUUUCAAGCUUGAAACUGCUCUCUCUAUCUCUCCCUCCCUCCCUCUCUCUCUCUCUCUCUCUCUCUCUCUCUCUCUCUCUCUCUCUCUCUCUCUCUCUCUCUCUCUCUCUCUCUCUCUCUCUCUCUCUUCCCUCUCUCUCUUCCUCUUUCUCUCAAUUCUAACGGCUGAGUCUCACACUAACCUGCCCGUCCGUUCACCAUUUCUUAGCGAUAACGUCGGAGUGCUGGCUUCCUCUGUACCAGCCAGGAUUGUG